AUGUCACUAAAGAACAAAUUAUCCAUCAAAGACGUUGAUUUGAAAGAUAAAAGAGUCUUGAUCCGAGUUGAUUAUAACGUUCCUCAUAUUGAUAAAAAAAUCUUAGAUAAUCAAAGAAUUAUCGCCACUUUACUAACAAUUAAAUAUGCACUGGAACAAAAUCCAAAAGUUAUCAUUUUAGCUACUCAUUUAGGUAAACCAAAUGGGAAAAUUACGAAGGAAUUAUCUUUGGAUUUCAUUGCUAAAGAAUUAUCAAAGUUAUUAGAUCAAGAAGUUGAAUUAUUACCUGAUUGUAUUGGCCCUAAGGUUGAAAAAGUUAUAAAUGAAUCUUCAAAGGGGAAGAUUUACCUUUUAGAAAACUUGAGAUUUCAUAUAGAAGAAGAAGGUUUUAGAAAAUAUGGGUUUAAAGAAUUUGCUUCAACUAGAAAUGUUGAAAAAUUUAGAUCAGAUUUAUCAAAAUUAGGUGAUGUUUAUAUUAAUGAUGCAUUUGGUACUUGUCAUAGAGAACAUUCUUCAAUUGUUGGCAUUAAUAUCAAAGAAAGAGCUUCAGGUUUAUUAUUAUCUAAAGAAAUAGAAUAUUUUGAAAAAACAUUGAAAUCAGAACCUGCAAGACCAUUUUUAGCAAUUGUUGGAGGUGGUAAAAUUAAUGAUAAAAUUGAUUCAAUUGAUAGUUUACUUGAUAAAGUUGAUACAUUACUUAUUGGUGGUGGUAUGUCUUGUACUUUUUUAAAAGUUUUGAAAAAUAUGAAUAUUGGGCAUGCAACUGUUGAAGAAGGAAUUCCUCAUUUCUGGCAAGUUCUUGAUAUCGGGCCUAAAACUAGAGAAUUAUAUGAUUCAAAAUUAUCAAAAGCUCAAACUAUAAUUUGGAAUGGUCCAUUAGGUGUUGUUAAAUUCUCAAGUUUUGCCAAAGGUACUAAAACUAUUGUUGAUUCUGUUAUUAAAUAUGCAGAUAUGGGUAAAAAAGUUAUCAUUGGAGGUGGUGAUACUGCAACUAUGGUUUAUGAAACUGGUCAAGCUGAUAAACUUGAUCAUGUUGCAACUGGGAGUGGUGCAACUUUGUGUAUUUUAGAAGGUAGAGAUCUACCUGGAGUUACACAUCUUUCAAAUAAAGAAUCUGGUGAUGACCUUGUUGCAAAGAUUAAAGGAUUGAGUAUUUAG